ACGGCAGGAACCAUUGACAGGCGUAUUAGCCUUAGACAAUCUUUCAAGCAAUACCCUUUACUGUUUAAUUUCAAAAGACGUAUAAAGAUUUGGAACAAUGGAUCGCGUGUUAGAUUAUAUCUCCCCACACCGUAGUCAGUAGUUGGUGUGUACACAGUGUCGGGGUAAACCACUGCGACAAACCUCGAUGGAAGAAACAUGGAUGUUAAACUCUAGAUAUACUGGUUAAAAGGCAUACAUAUAUAAAAUGAUCUACUGUUUCGACGACUUUCAGCUAAAGCAUCUUUGUGAUGUGAUUGAGGCUGAGAGACGCGUCCGUGAAAGGCUUUACAACGAGUUAACAUGGACAAACGCUUGGUCACCAGGGGGGAUGACCAGGGGCCGGAGACCCAGGUCAGGGAAGAGUCAGAAGCAGACACUGAAAAAACGACCUUCAUCUGCCAGGAAAUACGAUGAAAGGUACGAGUCAGACACGUCACGUGACGAAGGAACGCUCGUGAAAGAUCGGCCAAGUUCCGCUCGACUUCCACGUGAGAAAAUAAAAGAAGUUUCAAAGAGAAAGCCUAAAUCGCACGCUUUAGAAUAUGGAUCUGAAGCUUCAUACGAAGAAAGUCUACGCCUCAAAAAACGACCUCAAUCCGCGCGAGAGGCGCGUGAAAAGGUGAAGGAGGAUGUGAGGAGAAAACCUAGAACACUCGCGUUCGAGAUUGGGUCUGAGUCAAAAUCUGUAGCUGUGAAAUGGGGAACGGAUCCUCGGAAUCUCUCGGUGACUAUGGGAGAUGGGUAUGGGAGAAAAGCACGCCAACAAAGAAAACCGGAACCGGAACAUGACAGGUUUGUUAUCAGUAACUUUGGUAAGGGGAGCUCAUUCCAAGUAAAUACAGGAAGAACCACAAAGGACCCUACUAACAUAACAAUUGACAAUGUACGGAGGGGCACAUCCGGUCCCAAAGAAACCCUUCGCGUGACGGGAGGGGGAACGAACGUCGUAAUUCAUAAUCCAAAAAGAACGGGAUUACCUAAUAAAGGAUCGAACACCAUUCAUGUGGCUAGUGGAGAUACUGACGUCGUUGUUCACAAACCACAAAACGAGGACAGUGAUUCUAGUCAAAGUAAUAUAAUUCGAAAAGAGCGCAAACCAAAGAAGUCACAAAAAAGGAUCAAGGAUACAAGUAGAAAUGCUUUUGAGAAUAACAAUGCUAUUACAUUUUCUGAGGAAACAGGCACCCAGACGGCCUGGAUGGAUACAGAUCCAGACCCAGCGCCUACUUCCGGUUCUUGUCCGCCGUCCCGGCGUAUCAAGUUCAUGGGCGAGGACCGAACGCACCGGGAGUAUAAGACCGCCUUCAUCGACGACCAAAAGCUCGUUCGGCCAAUGACAGACGAUGAUAUCCCACUCGUGGUUGAAGUCGUUCAACCGGAUGAAGACGACGAGGAAUAUGUGGAUGAAAAAUCCGUGCAAGAAAAUGACCGUCGACCGGAAGUGAUACACUAUAUAGACAAAACAGUACCUGCUCGCGCCAUAGAACCGUUCGAGCCAGUAUUUGUUAUGCCACAUCCGGCAUGGGAGCCGGAAUCCCGAGACAAACGCCCCCACACCCCAGGGAGAGUAAAAUCCCGGCCUCCCCUUCCCCCGCGCCAGUACCGCCCCCUAGAUGUGUAUGACCGCAGGAGUGCCGAUACCAACGACCGUUUCCUUGUUGUCAAGACUCGAGCCCCGCCCCGGAAACCACCACGCCCAACAAUCAACUACCACCAACAUGAUGACGCAGUUUUUUCCGUGUACUGAAGACUAUUUAAAUGGACACUGAAAUCAAAUUGGAUGAUUGACAUAGGUUCAAUGAUACAAACAUGUUAAGUGGUUUACUACAGGUUCUCACAGUUUCUGAAGAUAAACACGAUUUAAGUUGUACCAAAAUUUUAGUUUUUUAUCUAGAAUAUUUCUUAUUAUGGUGUAGGGAAGUUGAACCAUGUUUUGUCCUCUACUGAUGCAGCAAUGAAACCUGUCUUAUUUGACAUCCUGUGGAACACAUCACAUUGGUCAGAUUAGACAGGAACUGUGAAUGCACAUGUUGUAUUUGACAAUUUUCAUAAGAAUGAAAGGCUGACAUAUUUUUGUUGGAUUAUUACAUUUAAGACUCUGUAAAUUUCAAUUCAAUUUUUCUCUAUGUUAAGGGGGUAAACGCACAAACGUUGGUUUCAGGAUCGGCGAAGACUCGGUGACCGUCGCCACUUUCGGAAACGUCGUAAACGAGUUUCUCGUUGACGGAAAAUGCCGACAGAUUCCGUUUGGAGAACAAGAUGAAUUCCACACAAUCUAAGUAUAUCAAAAGCUAGUUCAUAAUGAAAACAAAGUUUAGAAAUGUACCGUUACAUGUAGUUAUUGAACUGAGGCGAAGCGUUGACCACUUUUACACUGUGUAUGAUAUAACAGACUAUUACAUUUCAUCAUACUGUAUACAGCUUUCUAUUAUAAGCAAAUGAAUGCAAGUCCGUGGUAGGAAACCUUAAUUAACUGUGGUGUUGGGUACUCUACAAAUGUACUGAGACAAGAGACACCCUAUUAUAGCCUAUAUUUAAGGGCUGUACAUGGGUUUCCUCUGAUUUCCGGAACUAGUUUAUAUUACCGUUAUUUUUUCCAGUAUCAUAGAGGUUCUGAAGUUUCCAUAAUUACAAUCAAUAAAAUAAAAUUAAAAUGUAAAGUGUCAAAAAAGAAAUGAGAAGUAGCUGUAUUUUUCUUACAUCUAUCAUCUUUCUUCCUUAAUAUCUGGCUCAUUCGAUUUUCAGGAAAGGUACAAUGAAGGGUUUUUGAUGUGUAUAUUGAAUAUUCACAUCCAGCGAAGGUUAAAACUGAGAAACCCUUUAAAAUUGAAAAUAGACCCGUCCUAUAUAAGACAAUGCUACUUAGCUUACAGAUCGGCAGGGAAGGGGUUUGAAACGUGCCAAAACGCAAUAAUACUUUCACCCGAAUGUAUAUAUAAUAUUAACCGUAUUUGUGAUUUAUUUGGAUAUUAUCAUUUUCAAGGAAAACAAUAUCAUCUAAAAUACUUAUUAGGUUUUUCUCCUUUGAAAUAAUGUUAUUAAAUGUGUAACUUGUAUUUAUUCAAGAAAUGUCAUACUCGGAGUAAUUGUGUUAUUAUCAUUAUGGUACAGUAGACUGUUGUUCUAAGACAGGGACAACACUGGGUUGAAGUUGUAAAGCAUCAUCGCCCGAGGAAAGUGACGUCACCGAAUCGGUAAAUUCCGCUAGUGAUCGGUACUUUCCGAUGUUUGUGAAAAGAACGUGUGAUUGGAAUCUAUAUAACCAAAAUUCGGGAAAUGUGUUGCUAAGGACGCAUGCCAUUUUCAAUAUAAAUAUUUUGUGCCUUUAGUAAAUUAACGAAGUCUAAAAGUAGAUCCAAUGCAGAUAUUAAAGGCUCCUAUAAGUGUGCCGCAACUCUUUUAGAAAGAUUAUAAAUGUUACAUAGCAUACAUCCUUAAUCAGACAUUUUAUUAUUUUUUAUUAUGAUACCAGGAAAACAGUUGAAACCUGACAUACAACUUUUCUCCCACAAAGAGUGUUAAUAAAUGGGACGUUGCAAAGAAUUGUAUUUGCUUGAUAAGAAUUAUAUUGGGUCACAUGACAGGGGUUUUGACACUCUAUUGAGUGUAUUUGUUCAGUUCUAUUCUCGGCACGUUCGUUUCAUUUCAUCCAAACGAAGUGAGCCAACUCACAGGGACCGGAGAAUUUGUUACAGCUAUAUUUUGACCUAAGCUACAUUCUCAGGUCCCUGUGAACCAACUCUAUUACAGUAAAAAAAGAAUGCAAAGUAAUUCUGGGUAAUUGAUUUAGCCUUGAGGAGAAUUGGUUAAGUCGUGUAGGUAAACAACAGUGUGCCGAAUCACUCGGCAGACGACCCACCUGGUUAAUCAAUGAUGUUGAUAAAGUACACUUGGAUAGAUAAAUAAAAGCGAUUCGUUCUUUUAAUUGGUAUCAUUAUUUUGCAAACAGUUUCAUUGGCAAAUAAAAUAUUGUCAUUUGAGUAUAGUUCUAUAGCUCUAUAAUGAUAGCUCUAAUGGUUGCUAGUUAAUGUCGACAAUAACAUUGUCAGGAACUAUUGAUGUAUUCGUGAUUAGAACUCAAUGCCAAACAGUUACUGCGAGUGUAAACCAAGACUCAAACGCUAACUAAUUCGUGUUAAGGAUCCCGCAGCACUGCCAAAAACCGUAACAAGCUUAAGCUUUAGGAAACGGGUUUUUUCCUUAAUCAUUUCUGAAAAGAAAAACAGGAGAGAAAAAAAUAGCAAUCGAGUUUGGUCAAGUGUCAGAAAGGGACGCGAAGAUACAUGUAGGCAUAAUGUGGCCCUUCUUUUCGCUCCCCAACGAGUGGUGGUGUAUAAUCUAACCCGAGCUAGUUAAGUUUACCGAGUGUCUUUCACAAUUGUAAGUAUGAUAAUAUAUACCAUCACGAGUCUGGGGACCCUUUUCUCCAUAAUGAUCAGAUAGUACACCUAUAGAGCACCAUCUGUCUCUCACGGAAAUACAUUAUUCCUGUUCCCUAUGGGGAAGCAACGAUGACCUCAAAAUGAAAGAUGGCGUCGCAAAUAAUUGUUACUUGACGUCAUAGUUCGAAGAUUGACCAAUGAAAUCACGUCCACGAUGUUACCCACUAGUGGGUUACCAAACAAUGGUUAACCAACUCCUAGCAGGUGUAUCCAAUGAGUUGGGAUUAAAGAAACCCAUAGUGGUUGUAGAAGAAAUGUACUUAUGCAAUCAUUUAUUAAUGUACGUAAUCCUAUAUACAAAGAUGUUGAUUUGAUUUUUGUAAUAAAUAUAUUAUGUAACAA